AUGGUAUCCCCAGAGAAAGAGCCAACUUCGUCUGGCCAGGCGUCGGUCCCGACGAUUACCUUGCAGGUCCCGGAGGUUUAUAGCUCCUGUUCUUCCUCUAUCAUCGGUGAUCCUGACGAGACGGUUUCCUCGGGCGUGUCCUCGCGACAGAGGUCUUUCAGUAACCUGACGGCUAUAGAUACGACACACACCGGCCGAGAUCGAGCAAUGAGCGGCAGCACCAUGGCACCUGCUAGCCCGCUGCUAGAACUCCCAGACAGCAAAGGCAAACCAUCGAGCUCUGGGUCGAGUAUUUUCUCAUCCAAAGAACAAGAAGACGCACUUCGACCUGAUCCCGGAUCUGAGAACGAUUUCAAAGUCGACAAUAAUCCCUUCUCAUUCUCUCCAGGCCAGCUCAACAAGCUCCUGAACCCCAAGUCACUCCCUGCGUUUGUGGCUCUUGGUGGACUAUCGGGAUUAGUCAAGGGCCUACGCACCGACGCUACCUCGGGUCUGAGCACCAACGAAAGCGUCGUUUCCGCUCACCAUACAUCAUCAACCGCCAACGGGGGCCCCGAGCCCUUCGCCGACCGAGUCCGCGUAUACAAGAACAACUCCCUUCCCGAGAAGAAAGCGACGCCGCUAUGGAAACUGGUCUGGUUGGCAUACAAUGACAAGGUCCUCCAUCUCUUGACAGCGGCGGCUGCCAUCUCCCUCGCACUGGGACUCUAUGAAACAUUUGGUGCUCAUCACGAACCUGGCGAGCCAAUGCCCGUGGACUGGAUUGAAGGAUGUGCCAUUUGCAUCGCCAUAAUCAUCGUCGUGCUCGUUGGGUCCCUGAACGACUGGCAAAAAGAGCGGGCCUUUGUACGCCUGAACGCAAAGAAAGAGGACCGGGAAGUCACCGUCGUGCGGUCUGGUAAGACAGUUCGCAUUUCAGUCUUUGAUGUUCUCGUGGGAGAUGUGCUUCAUCUCGAACCGGGUGAUAUUGUUCCUGUUGACGGCAUUUUUAUCGAGGGCCAUAACGUGAAAUGUGAUGAAUCGUCGGCCACAGGCGAAUCGGAUCAGCUGAAGAAAACGGGUGCGCAGCAAGUCAUGGACAUGUUGGAGCAAGGACACAGCAAAGCGCACGAGAUGGACCCGUUUAUCAUCUCGGGUAGUAAGAUCCUCGAAGGAAUCGGCACAUGUCUUGUGACAUCUGUUGGGGUAAACUCUAGCUACGGCAAGAUUCUGAUGGCGAUGAGACAGGAUAUGGAGCCUACCCCUUUGCAGAAGAAACUGGAUGGUCUGGCAGGGGCGAUUGCGAAACUCGGUAGCAGUGCUGCUAUCCUGCUCUUCUUCGUUCUGCUGUUCCGUUUCGUCGGUACAUUGUCUGACAAUCCCAGAAGUGGCUCUCAGAAAGCUUCGCAAUUCACAGAUAUCUUGAUCGUGGCUAUUACGGUGAUUGUGGUUGCUGUUCCGGAGGGUCUUCCCCUGGCAGUUACCCUGGCGCUGGCUUUCGCAACUACUCGCAUGGUUAAGCUCAACAAUUUGGUGCGCGUGUUGAAGUCUUGCGAAACGAUGGGAAAUGCGACAACCGUCUGUAGCGAUAAGACUGGCACUUUAACUCAAAACCGCAUGACAGUUGUCACUGGAGUUUUCGGGGACGAUCACUUCGACGAUAAGAACCAGACCGGGAGCGAGCGACGGUCGGGUGCUUUUGCUGCUGAUAUGGCUAAGGAUCACAAGCAGAUACUCAUUCAGUCAGUCGCCAUUAAUUCGACGGCUUUUGAAGGUGAAGAGAACGGGGUUCCCGGCUUCGUCGGCUCCAAGACCGAGACAGCUCUGCUAGGCUUUGCUCGGAACGUGCUCGGCUUGGGAUCUCUGGCUGAGGAGCGAGCGAAUGCAACAGUCAUUCAGCUGAUGCCCUUCGAUUCCGGUCUGAAGUGCAUGGGAGUAGUUUUGCGACUGGACAACGGUCAAUAUCGAUUCCUCGUCAAAGGCGCGUCUGAAAUCCUGCUCGGUUACAGCUCCGAAAUCUGGAAACCAUCGGGCGUUGAUGCCCUUGAGACACGCGAGCGACAGCAACUGGAGGACAUUAUUCUGACAUACGCGAAACAAUCACUCCGCACUCUUUCCCUGGUAUACCGGGACUUCUCCUCCUGGCCUCCGCAAGAUGGCGUCAGCCCCGAUGAUCCCAAAUCCGCCGACCUCUCCCUGCUGCUCAACAACAUGAUCUUCCUCGGUGUCGUCGGCAUUCAAGACCCCAUUCGACCUGGGGUGCCUGAGGCCGUGGCUAAAUGCCACCAUGCAGGUGUUACAGUCCGCAUGGUCACCGGCGACAACAUGGUGACAGCCAAAGCCAUUGCGACAGACUGCGGGAUCUACACUGAUGGCGUUGUCAUGGAAGGACCUCAUUUCCGCACGUUGACGGACGAGCAGUUCGAGGAGACAUUGCCCAAAUUGCAAGUCCUUGCGCGUUCUUCCCCAGAAGAUAAGCGGAUUCUUGUAACUCGUCUGCGAGAAAUGGGCGAAAUCGUUGCCGUCACGGGCGACGGAACUAACGACGGACCUGCCCUGAAGGCCGCCAAUAUCGGAUUCUCAAUGGGAAUAGCGGGGACGGAAGUGGCCAAGGAAGCGUCGGCGAUCGUGCUGAUGGAUGAUAAUUUCGCCUCCAUUUUGACUGCUUUAAUGUGGGGACGAGCUGUGAACGACGCCGUUCGCAAAUUCCUCCAAUUCCAGAUCACCGUCAACAUCACUGCCGUGCUCAUGACGUUUAUCUCGUCCGUCUCCGAUGCGGAGAUGAGAUCUGUCUUGACAGCCGUUCAACUCCUCUGGAUCAACCUGAUCAUGGACUCCCUCGCUGCUCUGGCCCUCGCCACCGACCCUCCCACCGAAGCCAUACUUGACCGCAAGCCCCCGAAACGCGGCGCCCGCCUCAUCUCCAUUACAAUGUGGAAGAUGAUCAUCGGGCAAGCCAUCUUCCAACUCACCGUGACCUUAAUCCUCCACUUUGCCCAAGGUCCCGGAUUCCUAGACUACCCAGACGAGGAGCGACGCUCGAUCGUGUUCAACGCGUUCGUGUGGAUGCAAAUAUUCAACGAGUUCAACAACCGACGGCUCGACAACAAAUUUAACAUAUUCACAGGCCUGCAUCGCAACUACUUCUUCAUCAUCAUCAACUGUCUCAUGGUUGGCUGCCAGAUCCUGAUCGCCUUCGUCGGAAAGACCGCCUUCAGCAUUGUUCCGAUCAAUGGUGUCCAGUGGGCGAUUUGCAUCCUGGUCGCGGCGCUGUCGUGGCCGUGGGCAGUUGUUGUGCGCGUGUUUCCGGAUGAUUGGUUUGCUGCUAUUGCCAGGUUCGUGGGGAGACCGGUCGUGGUGGUCUAUCGGCCGCUAAGUCGGGGGAUGCAUCGGCUAGGUGGGAUGAUGCCGUGGCGGAAGAACAGGCAGGAUGAGGAUGAGAAUGCUGAGCCUUCUGCGGACAGAACUCACGAUGCGGAGAAGAGCACUGAAUAUCAGAAGCGCGAAGUUCAGGACCUAGUCGACUUCUUUAAAGACACUAAGUCUACCACCAACUACAAUAACCUCCGUAUUCAACGCGGGGUGUCUCAUAAGCCACACUUUCAGUUUUCGUCAUCGAUUACGCCACGCGAGGUCCUCUCCGAUACCCCCCUCUAUGUUAUCCCUCUCUCUCUGCUCUCUUUCAGUGAUCUUUCUACCCUUCGACCCGCCCAAGCCUUUGCCGAAUCCGCCCUCUCCACCAUCGGCAAACACCCUUCCUUCCGGGAAACCGAAAUCUCCAUCCCAAUGCGCGACGGGCACAUCAACCCAGCAUGGGUUUUCACACCCAGUACGAUCCUUCUCUCGCAGCGUCAAAGCAUGAUAACCAUCACCCACCAACUCGCUCCUGAACACAAAUUCCCAAUCCUAGCACAAGACAUAUGGGACAACAUUGUCUGGAUAGUUGCCAACACAGCUCCCAAGGCCCAGAUCCACUUCCCCGGAAACGAAGCAGCAGCUAUCCCAGGAAACCUAACCCACGGCUUCAUCCUAGGGGGCCAAUCCGCCGGCGCAAACCUCGCCAGCGUCGCUGCGCAACGAUCAAUUCGCGAGCCCCUCGCCACAGCACUAACCGGUCUAUGGCUAAGAAUCCCAGCCACAUUAACCUCUAACAUCGAUUCGGAAAAUUACGCACCCUUGUGGCUGUCCCGGACGCAGAACAAACACGCCCCAGUGCUAGAAGCUAAAGCGGUAACUGCAAUCAGAGAAUUCCUGUAA